AUGAAACUAUAUGUAAUACCACUUCUUCGAGCAAGAUACACCUACUACUGUCACGCUACACCCAAAAAACAGACAUACCUCUCAAAAGCGACAAAUUUUGCCGCGUCGAAGUGGGACGAACUAUCACACGCCGAGAGAACCAGUUGGAAAGGGCGUCUUUAUCUAACAGGACAGAAGCUACUCGACCAAAUGGACUAUCAAGAAUAUUUUCUAAAAGGGGUACCUUUACUCGAGGAGUGGUCGGCUGAAGUGCCAAUGAUAUACCCAUCGAAAAUAGUCUCACCAUCACAAAUCAAUUCAAAUCUAAAUCAAUUACUUGACAAACGACUACCGUAUCAUCGAAAGUACAUGAUCUAUUCGGCACUAUUUGUGCCAUUGUCUGCCACCUUUACAAUUGUGCCCUUAAUUCCGAACAUACCUCUAUUCUACAAUCUAUUCAGAUUAUACAGUCAUUAUAAAGCAUAUAAAGGUGCUCAACAUCUUCGACAAGUAAUCACAGAUAAUCGGCUCUCGCCGCUUACCUGCGAAAUGCUGGACACGAUAUACAAGGAUAUAGAUUUGGGCGGACACGAUGAUCCGGAGCGCAUGAUUCCCGAAGAACGGAUAGAAGCCAUUGCAAAACAUUUUGAGUUGCCGGCACUUGAGGUGGAUGUGAAACGUGCACGGAAUCAAGUUCUAAAUAAACUUGCUAAGGAGAGAAGUGAAAAGCAAAGUAAAAGCAAAAGUAGUAAUGGUGACUUUGCAAAACCAGAUAAUAUUAGCAGUAGUAAUAAGACAGAAAACGGAAGAAAAAAUAUAUAG